AUGAACAAGUUUGUUUUAGAUGAUUUCGGUAGUUUAAACAAUCAAUCGCAAUAUCCUUAUGGUAUUGCAUAUGAUUCAACGUCCGAUACACUUUAUAGAGCAGACUAUGGCAAUAAUAGAGUGAUGAGCUAUGCAUCGGGAGCAUCAUCAGGUUCUUGGGUUGCUGGCAAUAGUGCCAUUAGUUGGACACUACUACUAGCUGGUGAUAUCAAUGGAAGUCUAGGAAGUAAUGCAACUGCAUUAACUUAUCCAACAGAUGUUGCUGAUAGACAAAAUCAUCGAAUACAAUUAUUUAUAAAUGGACAAACAGAAGCAAUAACAAUUGCCGAAGUUACAGACGUUAGUGGUAGUAAUUCUACUUUGUUCAAUUUGCCCUGGUCGGUAGAACUCGAUAGUCAACUUAAUUUAUAUGUCGUCGGUUCAAAUAAUCAUAGAAUACAAAAGUUUCUAUGGUAUUGA